AGAAGAGAAGAAUCAGACUCAGCCUCUGUGUUCACCGAUACACAGAGGCCGUUGUCUAACAAGGAGAAAACAGCUCGUCACAGAGCACGCGUCAACGCUAACGCUGUUUUAAGGGCUAACUACCUUGCCCGAAGACGUGAAAGCUAUCAAAGGGGGAAAAGACAGGGAAAGAUUACACAUAAACCAGCAGCAGAGCUCUCCAAGGAACAGCAGAAGGUGUUGAGGGAAAAGUGGAGAGAGAACCAGAGGAACCACAGAGCGAAGAAAAGGAAAGAAGAAAUGCUUCAAGAAGCUCAGUGCAUCAGUCAGAGAGAAGACCAGCUGGACUUCACAGACCAGGAUUACUACAAGAUCAUAAUGGAGGAGAACCAGGACCUGGAGCAGCACACUGACUUCCUGGUUAUUAAAAGAGAAGAGUCAGACUCUGCUAGCACCGAUACACAGAGACCGUUGUCCAGCAAGGAGAAAACAGCUCGUCACAGAGCACGCGUCAACGCUAACGCUGUUUUAAGGGCCAACUACCUUGCUCGAAGACGUGAAAGCUAUCAAAGGGGGAAAAGACAGGGAAAGAUUACACAUAAACCAGCAGCAGAGCUCUCCAAGGAACAGCAGAAGGUGUUGAGGGAAAAGUGGAGAGAGAACCAGAGGAACCACAGAGCGAAGAAAAGGAAAGAAGAAAUGCUUCAAGAAGCUCAGUCCAUCAGUCAGAGAGAAGACCAGCUGGACUUCACAGACCAGGAUUACUACAAGAUCAUAAUGGAGGAGAACCAGAACCUGGAGCAGCACACUGACUUCCUGGUUAUUAAAAGAGAAGAGUCAGACUCUGCUAGCACCGAUACACAGGAAAUGGAUGACUCUGGUUCAUACUCCACCUACACCAUCGACGGCAGUAAUUCACCUCCAUGCUGGUUUCCACUCGACAUAAAACAGGAGGAAGAAGAAGAAGAAGAACAGUCCAUCAGUCAGACAGGAGACCUGCUGAACCCAGACCACCACACCGACCACCCCGUUAUUAAAAUAGAAGAAUCAGACUCACCCUCUGCUACCACCGAUACACAGUGGUCACCUGACAUAAAACAGGAAGAAGAAGAACAGUCCAUCAGUCAGAGUGGAGACCUGCUGGAUUUCAACCAGAACCAAAACCAGAACCUGGACCUGGACCUGGAGCAUCACAUCAACAUCACAGUUAAAGAAGAAUCAGACUCAGCCUCUGCUACCUCCGAUACACAGUUAUCAAAGGAGAAAGAGAGAGGGAAAGAUUACAAACACACCCGUAGCAGAGCUCUCCAAGAAUCAGCAGCAGAAGAUGAGGGACAAGUGGAAAGAGUACCAGAGAAACUACAGAGCAAGGAAAAGGAAUAAUAUUCGGAUACAGCAGUUCAACUUCUUUCAGGAUCAACCCUCGAGGGUAGAAUACUGUUACCGAAUAUCGGACGAAGUCGUCGCAGAGUACGAUGAAUCAGUUCCAACCAGCCACGAUUGGUACCAAGUGACUU